ACGUAUUCAAUAUUUUGACAUCAAAUCAGUCAGUUCAACUCAAAAAGUAUCUGAGUACCUUUAAGCCAAAAAAUAAAAAAACAACUCAAAACUAAAAAUGUUCAAAUAUUUGGUUGUCCUUUUUGCUGCUUUGUUUGCUGCUGCCAUGGCUGUUCCUGCACCCAUUGGUAGUCCAAACCCUAACCCUGUUCCAAUGCCAGCACCAGUACCUUCUCCACAGUUUUAUUAUGGUACUCCAUAUUCUUAUUCCGGUUAUUAUUCAUCACCAUAUGCCUACUAUGGUUGAAAGAAAAACUUCUGAAGAGAUACUACGAUUGCGGAAAACGAGACUCACAACACGAAUCUGGAGAUAUGAAAAACUGUUGUAAAAAUUAUUAUAAAAAAUGUGAAAAAAAAAUGCAAUGAAACUAGAAUA